AUGAGACUAGAAAAAGUGAUUUACGUUGACUCGGAUCCAUUGGAAUCAGAAGAGGAGGGUGUAGAUGUUGUGACGCCAUCCUGCGGGGAUUAUGUCAUGCAUUUCCUGACUGUCUUUUGGAAGGUCAUGUUCGCAUUUGUUCCACCCACAGAUUACCUUGGAGGUUGGUUGUGCUUUUUCGUUAGCAUCAUCGCUAUCGGUUUUCUCACGGCGAUUAUCGGCGAUCUGGCCUCAGCCUUUGGCUGUAGUGUUGGAUUAACCGAUGCUGUUACUGCAACGACAUUUGUUGCCUUGGGAACGAGCCUGCCGGAUACAUUUGCGAGCAAGGUGGCCGCCAUUGGCGACCCCUAUGCCGACUCCUCGAUCGGCAACGUGACCGGCAGCAAUGCGGUGAACGUGUUUCUGGGCAUUGGUGUGGCCUGGACAAUCGCGGCCAUUGUGCAUGCCGUACGAGGCACAAAGUUUUUCGUUCUGAAGGGCAGUCUCGGCUUCUCCGUGACCAUCUUCUGCAUAUUUGCCGUGUGUGCCAUCAUCGUGUUGCUGCUGCGCAGACGGAAACACGUAGGCGGCGAACUGGGUGGCCCACAAUGCGUCAAAUUGGCCUCCGCUCUUUUCUUCUUCCUGCUCUGGGCUGUCUACGUCCUUUUGACCUCAAUGGAGAAUUACUGUCUCAUCGCCGGCUUUUAA